CUGUACUGUAGCCGCACACACGGUGCAGCACCCCUGGGGAUUGUGGAGCAGAUUUCGGACAGCCCUCUGCAGGUUACACCCACUUCUCUUGACGGGAUUUACAUCCUUCUCUCAUGCUCACUGAUGACAAGGUUUCCUCUAACUCCUACACUUCUUGAAGCUCUAAACUUCGGAUGCUGCAUUGACUGACACCUGGAGAUGCGAAGGCAGCGUAGCGAUUGAGGAGCGGAUUAAUCCAUGAGGUACAAGUAGUGUCAUGUAACGCAUAUUCCAGAGGUUCAUAGUUCAGAAUGCGCCGGUUCAACUCUCCGUUUCUAUCCCUGCUGCUGGUUUGUGUCCAGUCCUAUUUAUUGGCCUUCACAGUGGAAAGCAGAACACUUAUUUAUAAUGAAUCAUACUUUGAGUAUGUCCCUGAUCCGCUGCAUUGGUACACUGCCAGCCAACUGUGCAACCAGCGCUCUGGGACCCUGGCCACACUUUCCAAUUCAGUGUCAUACCAAGUGCUAACCAGCUUUUUGAAAUCCAUGAAUAUCUCCCAACCAGUGUGGAUUAACAGGAACGCUGGUGAUCAUAAUAAAGGCUUAUCCAGGGCCUUUAUCCUGGAAUUCAGUGGGCAGUCUGACAGCAAGAAUGCCCGGCUCAAACACACAUUUCCCUCCAUGGAUUCUGUGACUGUGUGCGCUCGGCUACGCUUCGAUCAGAACAGCUCUGGAAUUUCCACAAUCUUCUCCUAUUCCAUCGAGUCAUAUAUAAAGGAGUUCCAGCUCAGCGCAAACCUGACACAAGGACAGCCUGUAAAGCUCGCCCUGCUGGUUCAUGGUAUGCAUGGAGCGUUUCAAGAAACCUUCAACCACGACGGCUUCUGGCACACGGUCUGCGUUUCUUGGAGUCAAAACGAUGGCAAAUGGAAGCUUUAUACUGAUGGACUGUUCCGCCAUCAGGGGAAUCGACUAAAGAACUUCAGCAGCAUUGGCCCAGAUGGUUUUUUUAUUAUCGGGCAAGUGCAGGACAGCUAUGGGGGCUCAUUUAGGAAGAAUGAGUCAUUCUCAGGUAGCAUCACAGACCUCCACGUUUGGGAUCGGGUGCUUAACAAAAGUGAAAUCAGCGCUAUGGAAAAAGAGUGUUCACCCGUAUCCGUAGGCCUCGUGUACGAAUGGAAGGAAGCCUUACUGGAAAUUGAGUCGUCGGUUACGCAGCUGUGGGAUGAAAGCCCAUGUGAAGCUACAUCAGGUCACAUUUCUGGUUUUGAAAACACAUUACUGGAUUCCCUCAUAGAAGACGAGUCUUUACAAAACCAAACCAUCUCUCUGGAGCUCUACCACAGACCACAGCCUCAUGAGGAUUGUGUCAUCUUUGACCCCGAUGAAGGGAGAAUGAGCUACGAUGACUGUGACUCAUUCCGAGGAGCCGUCUGCCAAUUUAGAAAAGAACCACCGAAAGUGAUUGGAUUUCCAAAGACAUCAUUCUUCACAAGGCUGAGUAACAAUCCUGGAAACCUCCCGAACCUGACCUCGCUGCACCACCUGACGCAGGCAGUUCUACACACACUGGAAGCCGGUGGCCCAAACCUGCUGUCACCCAGCGACGUCCACUACAUUUCCCAAAGGAUUCAGGCAGAGGUGACCGAGCUGGCAGGCUCUGUGUCGACCAGUCCAGACUCAGCCGAGGCCAUGGUUUCCCUUGCAACCAAUUACAUCAUGGUGGCCAGUUUGAUGCUGGAGCCGUACACAGCUGAACAGUGGAUGGGAAUGUCGGAGGACGAGGUCAGUGUGGGGCCAUUUACCAUCGUCAAGAGCAUCGACAGCCUCACUGAGUCACUCGCUGGCCUGCUCUCUGCUGACAGAACAAGCUUCUCUCUCUCUACUAAAAACAUAAAUGUGCUCAUGAAGUGGCAGAAUCUUUCAGAAGGAAGUGCCUGUCAAUCUUUCAAACCAUCUGCACCCGACUCUUCGCAAGGAGACGUACAAUUUCAGGAUGAGCUUGACAUCCCUGAAUCUGAGCUGCAGAGAGUCCACACUCUGGGAACUGAGGAAGUUGUGUUCAUUCACACACACUACAGUCGCCUCAGCGAGAUUGGAUCUCAGGCUGAAGAAUCUUCACCAAAUCACCAACAUAAUGCUAAAAGAAUCCUUCCUGGUCACCUGGCCUCUGCCGUUAUAUCAGCCUCUGUGCGUGACACCUCCAGAGCCCAAAAUAUUCCUGUUGCUGUCAGGUUCACCCUCUCCUCCUCACACGCGGUGGAAUAUUUCAAGAAAGCAACUCCAGUUUGUGUGUUUUGGAAUUUCAGUUUAAUGGACACUCAGGCCAGCAGCUGGUCCUCCGACGGCUGUGUGGUGACCUCUGCUGGCACUGGUGUCACUUCCUGUCUGUGCAACCACACGACCAACUUUGCAGUGUUGAUGAAUUACUUGGACUCAAAGUGGAGUCCUGAGGAAGAGCUCAUCCUCACCAAACUGACAUUUAUUGGCUGCGGAGCGUCCUUGUGCGCACUAGUUGUGACGUUGAUGCUGUUUACUGUUCUUGACAUUCCCAGAUCAGACAGGACAUCAAUUCACAAAAACCUAUUCAUUGCACUGAUCUGUGCUCAAGUGAUUCUCUUGUGCAGCGGCUCGGCCAUUCACAGCAAGGUAGCCUGCACUCUCGUGGCAGCGCUGCUUCAUCUCUUCUUCAUGGCAGCGUUUAGCUGGAUGCUGGUCGAGGGGCUGCUGCUCUGGAGCAAAGUGGUUGCCGUCAACCUCAUCGAGGACCGACAUAUGAAAUAUUAUUAUCUGAUCGGCUGGGGUCUGCCGAUACUCAUCGUCACCAUCACUCUGGCAUCAGCCUCGGGCAAGUACUCGGCUGAUGGCUACUGUUGGCUCAGCGUCCAGAACGGUGUGAUCUGGGGCUUUGCCGGGCCGGUCAUCUUCAUCAUUAUGGUAAACAUCAUGGUCCUAACCCGAGUGGUAGUCAUCACCAUCUCCACUGCGAAAAGAAGGUCCAUCAUGUUGGCCAUGGGCACCAGUCCUGUCGAGCAAGCCUACGAGCAAAUAAGGGCUGCAGUGAAAGCAGUGCUGGUUCUGCUGCCCAUCCUCGGAUUGACGUGGCUCUGUGGCAUCCUGGUCCCAUUUUCCAUCGCCAUGGCGUACAUCUUUAUCCUGCUCAACUCUUUACAGGGCCUGUUCAUCUUCCUGAUAUAUGGCGUGUACAACACAGAGAUACGAAGCACAGUGAACAGGAUCAAGGAGCGAAGAAAAGCGCUGAACUUCUCUAACUGUGCCAGUUCCAGACCGUCCAGCUCAGGUACCAGCUCUCGGCCUGUCAGUUACCCUCUAGAAACUACAGCAAACCACGAAGAAGAAGUCGCACCGUCUUCAGACUGCAUCAAGUCACCACGUGCCGAAAAGGACGAUCAGAGCCAAGUUGUCGCCAGGAAAUUUAGGGAAAUUUACCAAGGCAUUCCCAAGUCACACGACAACCCUCUCCAGCCUGUCCUGGGUUUGGCCCAAGGUCCCCUCCCUGUGGGGUGUUCUCACACAGUAGACGCUCACCAGGGGCAGUAA